CGUACUGCCCCUCCCAUCCCUGGCCUCUUCUUCGAUCCUUACAUCCAACUGCCCAUCGGACUGGCCGACCAGGUCCUACACCAAUGCAAAACCACAUACUUUCAAAACCCAUCCACGAAUCAAAUUAUGCUUUUCGGACGCGCUACCGACCCCUCAUCUCCCGAUGCCUCCACCAAGCCAUCUAACUCGGGCAUGCCUCCAUUCCUCCAUUCGCUUUUUUUGCACCUCGAAGAAUUGCUCCGCCCAUCUCUCCCAUCCGACAUCCAUAAACUCCUUUUUCCACCUUCAUCGGAGCCUUCCCGUGCCCGGCAGGCGAUCAUAAACCUCUACAGGCCCGGAGAAGGUAUCACACCACACGUGGAUCUGUUGGGUAGGUUUGGUGAUGGGAUCAUCGGGGUCAGUCUCGGGAGUGGAUGCGAUGGUGAGAGGAAGCGGUGGGGUCUAUAUCUACCCGUGAGGAGUGUGUUGGUGAUGUCUGGUGAUGCGAGGUAUCGAUGGACGCAUGGCAUCGAAAAGAAAGAGGAGGAUUUCGUAGAGCGCGAAUCGGGUGUGGGCCUUGAUGAGAUUCCAAGGCGGGUGGCGGAGUAUAUCUCGAGAGGCGAAAGGCUGAGUAUCACGUUCAGAUGGUUGUUGCCGGGGGCGGAGAUUGUGGGGGGA